CGAGACGGUGACGCCGGCGGUGUACGUAGCUGGGGGAAUGUGCAGCCCGGAGUGAGGGGACCGGGAGGCGGAACCAGGAACGGGUGUGAGCCCGGAGCAUGGAGGGCGCAGAUGGGGGGAGGCGGCCCAGCACCCGGGAGGUGACCCGACUGCAGCAAGAGCAGAGCCAGGUGGUCAGCAGCUGUCAGGAGAAGAUCCAGCACUGGAAGAAGGUGGAAGGUGACUAUGAUGCUCUUCAGGAGCGGCUGGGAACGUUGCCUGAUAAGUUGUCGCAUGAUAUCAUGGUACCGUUUGGCGCUCUUGCCUUUAUGCCGGGGCGACUUGUCCAAACCAAUGAAGUAACCGUUUUACUUGGGGACAAUUGGUUUGCCAAAUGUUCAGCCAAACAAGCCGCCACUUUAGUUGACCACAGGAAAAAACAUGUCAGGAAAGCAUUGAAGGAUUUGCAAGAUGUCAUAAAGAACUUUGAGUCCAGGGUUGAGUUUACAAAGGAUCUGCAGACAAUGAGCAGUGAAUCCAGCGAGUUCUUUGACAUCCGGGAAAAAGCCAACGAGGCGACAGUGUCUACAAAAGGUAAGCAACGCACCGCUCACCGUCCUCACUCCAAACCAAAGGCCGCACAGAGCUCUCAAGUGGAUUUUCGGGAAGGAGGAAGUGAAGGGUCUGAAAAGGGAUUCGUAGAUGAUGCAGAGCUUUGGGCCAGGCUGGAAGAGCUGGAGAAGCAGGAAGAGUUGCGAGGAGAGCUUACGGAAGUGGCCGAAACUCAUCCGCUCGGCAACGGUUCCUGUUCUGAGGAAAACAAAGAGAAUGGGAAUACCCAUCUAAACGUGGAACAAGAUGACCCUGCUCAGGGCAGCCCUAUAAAAUCAGUGCCGACACUGGACACCACUCGUGUCAAUGGCUCCAUGCCUCAAUAUAGUGAUGAGGAAGAGGACUCGGAAAGCAGUAAAAGCUCUGUGGCCACCAUACAUUUUCUCCAUACAGUUGAACCAAAAAGGGUGAGAAUAAACACUGGAAAAAACACAACUUUAAAAUAUAGCGAAAAGAAAGAAGAAGCAAAAAGGAAAAGAAAAAACAGCAAUGGAAAUGGGCACAGCCUCCCAGAACUGCCAGUCAUCAGGACCCCGGCCGAUAUCUACAGGGUGUUUGUGGACGUGGUAAACGGAGAGUACAUCCCACGGAAAUCCAUUAUGAAGUCCCGGAGCCGCGAGAACAGCAUGUGUAGCGACACCAGCGAAAACAGCUCCCACGAGUUGGAAGAGAGAAGAAGUUUCCUGAGGAACAUUAGCUUUGAAGACUGCGCCUUCAGCGACCACAGCGACGAGGAUGAUCAGACGCAUAAAAAGCCUUCUCCAGUGUAUGGACCAUUAGAGGCAUUUUCAGGAACCAUAAUAGAAAAGGACCCUUUCUCUAUAGCUGUGCCAGUGACCAGUCUUGCCCACCCGGCUCUGCCCACCAUCCAAGAGAAGAGGUCAGAAGAACUGACGCCUGAAGUCCCUGAAGAGGGGGCAAAGAGAGUCUCAAAGUUCAAAGCGGCUAGAAUACAGCAAAGUAACUAACACCUGUUGUAUCCUCCGUUCCGGGGACAUAAUUCAGGCCUGAUCACUCGCUAGCUGGUUUUUGCAGUCCUGCGUGCGCAUAGUCGUCGCCUACAGGGGGAGUGUAUUUUAGCUGUGCAGUGUGCGAUCGCAUGUGCAGCCGAGCGGUACAAAAAGAUUUUGUGCAGUCUCUGCGCAGCCCGGGACUUACUCAGCCGCUGCGAUCACAUCAGCCUGUCCGCGACCGGAUUUGACGUCAGACACCCGCCCUGCAAACACUUGGACACGCCUGUGUUUUUCCAGACACUCCCUGAAAACGGUCAGUUGACACCCACAAACGCCCAAUUCCUGUCACUCUCCUUGCGAUCUGCUGUGCGAAUGGAUCCUUCGCACAAACUGAUCGCUGAGCGGCGAUCCGCAUUGUACCCGUACGACGCGCCUGCGCAUUGCGGUGCAUACACAGUUCUGACCUGAUCGCAGCGCUGCAAAAAACAGUAGCAAGCGAUCAGGUCUGAAUGACCCCCAUAGACACACAGGUCUGACUUGUUUUUUUUACCAGUUCCGUCUGUGCCAGAUGGCGUUUUGUGUACUCGCUGUCAUGUAAAAUGAUUGAGUUGAUCAUUUUGAUAAUCUUCAGAAGAAUUCUGAUUUUUAUUUUCUUUUUUUUCUCAAUAAAUAUGCAAUUCAUUUGA